AUGUUACCAGCGUCGCCCGUGCUCGCUGUUGUUCUCUGGUCGUUCCUGAGCAGCAACGUAGUGGCGCUGCCCGUUCCUGCAAAGGAAUACGAUCCAUUCAUCCAUGGGCUGCCUGGAUGGAAACCGUGGUUCGGAAUAGGACCUGUGGUUCGUCCCAUUCUUGAGCACCAGGCGGAGUAUGACUUGGUCCUAUGCUGCUAUGUCAACACUGUUGAUCAAGGAGGGUACUUUAGGUUAAAGAAACUGGCAGAUGCCAAGAACAAAGGCGUGGAUGUCGCACAGGGAGAUCCACCAGAGGAAAGCGUCCCAACAACUGGAAUCAAAGGAUGGAACCCCCUCUUUGGCAAAGGGCCUAUCAUGUUCCACCGGAGACCGCAGAGUUUGGUCGGCACAUCGACGACGUCUGCUGAAGGUCAACCUGUUGGUACCUCCGCAAAAGAAUCGAAUGCUGACGCAGUCUUGCCCUACGGUCUGGGUCCAUAA